CACGCGUCUCUGUUAAGGGAGGCGAGAUACGCAGACUACAGAUAGCAGGAAUGGCAGUACGGGUCAGGGUCGCCCUUGAAGGCAACUCAGAAAGCCUCAAGAUGAUGAUGCUGGAUCCUCAGUGGAGCGAGGAGGUGUGUAAGAGAAAGAUUCUGGGGAAGCUGGGGAUGCUGAAGGGAACGGACACCAAAGCCGAUGAUGCUAUUGCAAGGUGAGAGCAUCGCCAUCGAAAAAGCACGAGAAAAAGAGCCUUCAUCUUCGUCUGCGUGUGUGCUUCUGUGCAGAUCUUCGGCAUUGCUUUGCAAAGGCGCAGAAAUCGAUGACCCGUCUGUGCUCCGUGAAGGUACGGCGCACGGAAAAGUUGUCCCGAUUCUCUUUUUCAACUGCCUUGACUGUGUUCAGACGAUGAACUGGUUGUUAAGAUUGGCAACGCGGAGCCGCAAACAUCACCAUCAUCCCGUGCGCGGGAUGGCAAGAAACGCGAGCCAUCUCCUGACUCGGACCUCUUCUCGGCAGUAUGGGACAGAUUUGCAUCGCACCCGGGCAACGGGGCGCAUACCUCUGACGUAAGCAGCACGCAACCCGCUUUGGAUGGAGAAAGACUGUUUCGUGUGCUGUUCGACGAAGCCGACAAUUCCGGAAGACCGACACAAGAUUGACGUCAGUGUGCCCGUCGUGAUGAAGGGCCCAUCAACUGUCUUGCCGGGCGUCCAAUUGGCGAAGGAAUACAGCUCCACACACGUAGGAGAGAAAGUAGGCUGCCAAACUGCUGUGCACUGCGGGUUCUUUCCUUUGCAUUCAUCUGUGCAGGUGCAGUCCCCUGCUAACAAGUCUGCUUCAUGGAACGAUGUUGCCGCGAGCUCACAAGGUACUGCAAAACAGACCGAGAAACACCUGACUGUGCUUCGUGCGGUGUGGCAUUUGCCCUCUCAGAUAGUGGUACUCCGUCGUCUUCGAGACAGCAAGAGAUCUGCACCUCGCAGAGCGGCUUCUGUCGUCUUGGCAACUCGUGUCCGAUGAGAAUCCGCCAUGCUGACAAAAUGUACGCAACACGAGACGCAUGUAGACAGUUGUCACGAUGAGUGCCCACAAGUGCUGCUCUCUUGUGUCCGUCAGGCCUCGCUCUGUGUCGCUGACUGAUGGCCCCUCUGCCCCAGAAACGAGCACUGUGUACCAAGAGCUACGCGGCAAAGCAUACGGUGACAGAUACGCAGACACAUCUGCAAGGAACGAUGUGUCUUGCGCGUGGGCCGCGACAGGUUUGGUGAGAGGCAAGAACGCUCAGAAUCAGGAUCGAAUCUCAGCCAUCUUCAAUGUCAAGCUGGAGAUGACACCAGGUGGGCAAUGCACACGCACCGGCAUACCCAUGCAGCUUCCCUUCCAUCUGCAUUCUUCUCCCUUGUGAUGUGCAGGCGGCAACAUCGAGGCUGGAAAGUACAGACUGAAAGGCACCAAGGAGAACAUCGAACUCGCCCAGGUGAGUGAGGUGGGCAGCUUUCGAGGAAAGGAACAACAGUGAGUGCGGUGAUGUGUUUUGUUGGGGCUGUCUGGGUGCCUUGCAGCGGUUCAUCCAUUGGUGGUGUCAGCUCGCCCAUCCCGCCGUGAAGGACGGCACACCGCAGUACACCCAAGCUGGUACACAUACAUAUCAUGUCCCUCCAAUGCAUUCAGGUCUGCUCAGAUGUGCUUCGAAGUCGAGGUGAUGUCGAUGAUCGAGUCCGUCCAUCCUGGCUCCUAUGACACGGGCGGGCAUGACGUCGUAGCUCAUGACGAAGGCGUUGCUGUGGAGUCGAUGCGCGUACCGGCGCAUCAUGCCAACACUCUGUUCGGUCCCGUGGGCAGUCGUCUGGCCAAGCUCAAGCGUGCGUCGGGGUGCAUUCACGUCACGUGUAUUGGCGGCGUAGCCGUCUUCAUCGGUCAGUUGACACACAGGCAGACGCGCAUUACCGCAUAGCAAGUUGUUUGUUUGGUUUGUGCGUUCUGUUCAGGCUCCCGAGAAGAGCGGGUGCAAGCCAGGCUUUAUCUCCAAGAGCAGAGUGACUUCCUCAGAGACCCAGCGGCAUUCAAAGCUGAUGGCAGAACGUGAGUGAAAUGGAGAGGGAGGGGAACACGUGCACGGACAUGAGCUUACUUGAUCGGCUGCUGACUUCAGGUAUGUCGAGGUUGUGGCCAGAUCGCUGGCAACCUCUCAAUUGCCCAUCGAGAAGGACGAGCCGCUGCUCAGGCAGAUCACAGCGAUCGAAGCUGAUACUUCAACGAUGAUCACAUACCGCACCAUGGAGUAGGCGACACCAACAUCUCAACGCACAAACGCAGCCUUCACGUAUGCGGCUGCCUUGGCUUUGUGUGACCCAGACGGUGCGUCUUCUUCGUGAUAGUGGGCCCCGAGGCUUUCAGUGCCAAGCAGCGUCUGCAGAAGCUUCUGGUGCAGACAUUGGUCAUGGGCUCUGUGAGCGCUCCCCCAGCCCCUCCGUUUCCUCCCCCUCGACUCGAGGCUCUUCGCUCUGCAACGAACACGGAAGAAGACAAGUCCCAGUCGCAUGGCAGCGAGGAACACAAGCAUCCACCGACCCAUCGAUGAACUAACUGUCCGUGUGCAUGCAGCGUGGAUGCGCCUGACGCAGCAGCUGCAUCGCCAGUCGGAAGCGCACUGAGCAAAUCUACGAGACGAAAGUAAGACCGCAGAUGGACAGAUGCGUGUGCAUUUCGUCUUCUCUGUACCAUUGUGUGCGCCGUGUUGUUGUGUGUGCGUAGGGACGUUGUCAAGAAGAAGAAGAAGCCGAUUCCCUGCAUCUAUUACGCAAAAGGAUACUGCAGGAACGGAGAGCUGUGCCGAUUUGCCCACACCGUCACCCAGGCGAACAGCAAGGCCCAAGUCCCCAAGCCUCCCUUCAUCGACGACAAGGACCGUCAAAGGGCGGCCAUGAUCGUCGAUGGCGCAUGGGCAGCUCGGGCAUUCAGGUCAUCCAACGACCGCGCCAUGACUCAUGAUGAUUUCGCCCGCAUCAUCGUGAGGAGGACGAAAGAAGAAGAUCCGAACGCGGCUUUGUCUCUGCUUCACGUCUCUGUCUGUAUGUCAUCCUGACUUCGUCAGCGCGAGGCGGAGCUGUACCUGCCGCUCAACAUCAAGAGAGAGCUGAGCAGCUACUUCAACGUUGAUGCUGACGACUUCUUCCACGUACGCGUCAGCGAUACAUGCAUGAGGCUGGAAACCAAUCUGUCGCUCUGUCUGUCUGUCCACGUUGUUUUCUGUCCUCUCAGAAGAUACUCGGCGGUCUCCCGCCGGGCCUCUUGAUUCGCGAUGGCUUGAAGAGCCUGCAAGAGGAGAUUCCGAGAAAGAGUGGCAUUCGUUUCGUCCAGUCCAAGUGAGCCCGUCACGAUGCACCACACGCCCAUUUCAUGCCACAUCCUUUCCUUAUCCCCUUCAUCAGAUUCAAGGAGCGACACGUGAGGUGUCCGUGCGGCCAUGGGUUUCCGACGUUCGCGCAGAAGGGGACCGACAUUUCGAUCGCGCUCGAGAUGAUGAGCAAGGCCGCCAGCGAGAGCGUCGAUGCCAUCCUCUUUGUGGUAGGUGUCGUCCUCACGUGCGUGUGGGUGGGCACAUUGCUGGUGGGGUGGGCUGAGUGUCACCAUUCCUCGAGUGCUUCGUCCUUUGCAGGCGGGGGACAUGGACUUUGCGCCAGUCAUCGAGUUCGUGACCAAGCAGUUCAACAAGCCUGUGUAUCUCAUCGGGUGGGAGAAAUGCCUCAGGUCAGUCACCCAGGCACUCUCAUGACGCGCGACACUCUGCUCUCAUCUGUGCCCUCUGUGAGCCCCCCUCUGUGUGUGUGUGCAUUCAUAUAGUUCUGACUUGUUGAAGCCGUGCGAGGGCUACCAUUUCCUGCUGUCCAAUGACCUGCCUCUCCCAGCAAAGGCUGUAUACCAGCAGAAGGCACCGGCGUCCCCCACCGCAUCCCAGCCCACGGCGUCCGGCGAGAAAGCAUCGUCACCUCUGUGCCAGCCAGGGGAGGCCAGUGCUUCCUCGCCGCGUUUGUCUGAUGGGCCUGGCGGGGAGGAGGGUGGCGCUUCUGACGCCUCGCCCGAGGUGAGGGCUGGGAGCGUGGAGAGCUUGCCGAAUUUGAUAGAUUUUUGAGUGAUAUGGUGCGUGUUGACGGCUGAGCCCUUCUCCUUUUCUUCGUAAAGCUUGCGUAUUUGUGCCUUUAUCCAUCCAUCGAUAGAUCUUUACGUCCAGCUGUCUAUAGUAGGUUGUGUACUGUGUUGUGCAUGUCGAAGGUGCAUGUGAUUGGGAUGGGUACACACUGUGCAAGACUUCACCAAUUGGACUUCACGGAUAUGCUACCCUCCAAUAAUUGGAAUUCGC